GUUUUGGGUCGGUUGAAAGAUGAAGAGAUGAGAUGUCGGAAGUACCUGCACCCCAGCUCCUAUGCCAAAGUCAUCCAUGAAUGCCAGCAGAGGAUGGUGGCAGACCAUCUGCAGUUCCUGCAUGGGGAGUGCCAGAGCAUUAUUCGGCAGGAAAAGAGAGAUGACAUGGCCAACAUGUACACUCUGUUGCGGGCCGUGUCCAACGGGCUGCCCCACAUGAUCCAGGAGCUGCAGGUCCAUAUUCAUAACGAGGGCAUCCGAGGCACCAGUAACCUCUCUCAGGAAAACAUGCCAACCCUGUUUGUGGAGUCAGUGCUAGAGGUUCACAGUAAAUUUGUUCAGCUCAUAAACACAGUUCUAAACGGAGAUCAGCACUUCAUGAGCGCACUCGAUAAGGCUUUGACGUCUGUGGUGAACUUCAGGGAGCCCAAGUCCAUCUGUAAAGCCCCUGAACUGCUGGCGAAAUACUGUGACAAUCUGCUGAAAAAGUCUGCAAAGGGAAUGACAGAGAAUGAGGUGGAGGACAAACUGACGAGCUUCAUCACAGUGUUCAAGUACAUAGACGACAAGGACAUCUUUCAAAAGUUUUAUGCCAGAAUGCUAGCAAAGCGGUUAAUACACGGUUUAUCAUUGUCAAUGGACUCAGAAGAAGCCAUGAUCAACAAACUAAAGCAAGCUUGUGGCUACGAGUUCACAAGCAAACUCCACAGAAUGUACACAGACAUGAGCGUGAGCGCUGACCUCAACAACAAGUUCAACAAUUUCAUCAAGACGCAGGAGACGGUGGUGGACCUCGGCAUCAGCUUCCAGAUCUACGUAUUACAGGCUGGAGCCUGGCCUCUCACACACGUCCCCUCCUCCACAUUCGCCAUCCCUCAAGAACUAGAGAAGAGUGUGCAGAUGUUUGAGUUGUUCUAUAAUCAGCACUUCAGUGGGAGGAAGUUGACCUGGCUGCACUAUCUCUGCACAGGUGAGGUGAAGAUGAACUACCUGUCCAAGCCCUACGUUGCCAUGGUGACCACCUACCAGAUGGCUGUGCUGCUGGCCUUCAACAACAGUCAGACGGUGACCUACAAGGAGCUGCAGGACGGCACCCAGAUGAACGAGAAGGAGCUACAGAAGACCAUAAAGUCCCUGCUGGACGUCAAGAUGCUUAACCACGACUUGCAAAAGGAGGAGAUUGAAACCGAGUCCACGUUUUCAUUAAAUAUGAGUUUCACCAGUAAAAGGACAAAAUUCAAGAUCACAACGUCAAUGCAGAAAGACACACCACAGGAGAUGGAGCAGACAAGGAGCGCCGUAGACGAGGACCGCAAAAUGUAUUUACAAGCUGCUAUAGUGAGAAUCAUGAAGGCCCGCAAGGUGCUGCGACACAACGCCCUCAUCCAGGAG